AUGUAUGCUUUAGCCUGUGAUUUCGUCACGCAAGUUCAUGCUUAUCAUUUUUUUUUCCGACAUGCGGUAUUGGGCUUUGAGAAUUCGUCUCCCCAUAACCAGACCGUCAAUCGAGAGCUCCACUGCGACAUUUUGAGGCGCUUGAGGAAGGACGUUCGGCGAAAGCAACCGGAUCUGUGGAGGCGCAAAGAAUUAGAUUCUGUACGACGACAAUGCCUCCACCCCCCACCGUCACCGACCUCUCUUCAUUCGCGAGUUUCUAGCCAAACCAAAUACAAGAUUGUAUCGCUUCCGCACUUGCCCUAUUCUCCAAAUUUAGCACCUGUGGACUUACAUCUCUUCUCCAAGCUGAAAAUGCAGCUCGGAGAACGCAGAAGGUCCUCGACUCGCUUACGGAAAACGACUUUCAGAUUGGGCUCCAAAAAGCGACAGGAACGCUGGGACCGGUGUAUUGCUGCGCAAGGUGACUAUUUCGAGGGAGAUAAUGUUAAAACUUAG